CGUGAGUUCGAGUUGCUCGCUUUGACUGUUAAACCCUUUUAGAAAACCCAGAACUCCAGGAGAAAAGAUUUCGUAGAGACUGGAGGGGAAGAAAGGCCAGGAACGUUCUUCAGUUGAAUAAGGAUGCAUGCGUCCUCUCUAUCACUUUUCCCUGCAAGAGCUUUUUUUCAUAACCUCGAUGAGAAGAAAAUCGCGUUUGGGUUGACGAGAGACCAUCCUCAAAUGGCAAGGAAAAUGGUGAUGGUGAGAGCAGGGCCAAAGAAGAUAGCUUUUGGGAGAGAUUGCAGAGAGGCCUUGCAAGCUGGAAUUGAUAAGCUAGCCGACGCUGUUUCUAUUACUUUAGGACCUAAAGGGCGUAAUGUUAUCGUCUCUGAGUCUGGGAAUCUAAAAGUAAUUAAUGAUGGUGUUACAAUUGCUAAAACCAUAGAGCUUCCAGAUGAAAUUGAGAAUGCUGGAGCAAUGUUAAUCCAAGAGGUUGCAAGUAGAAUGAAUGAUUUGGCUGGAGAUGGCACUAGCACUGCAAUAAUUUUAGCCCGACAAAUGAUCAAAUCUGGGUUGCUGGCAGUUUCUUUUGGGGCUAAUCCCAUUUCUGUGAAGAAAGGAAUGGAUAGGACAGUUAAAGAGUUGGUCAAGGUCUUGAAGAAGAAAAGUAUGCCUGUCCAAGGGAGGCAUGAUAUAAAAGCUGUGGCUUCUGUCUCUGCUGGGAACGAUGAGUUUGUUGGAAACUUGAUUGCAGAAGCUAUUGAUAAGAUUGGCCCAGAUGGAGUAAUCUCUGUUGAAUCAUCCUCGUCCUUUGAAACCUCUUUGAUAGUUGAAGAAGGAAUGAAGAUUGACAAGGGUUAUAUGUCACCCCAAUUCAUUACGAACCAGGAAAAGUCACUUGUGGAGUUUGACAAUGCUAAAGUGUUGGUGACAGAUCAAAAAAUCUCAACAGUCAAAGAAAUUAUUCCUGUACUGGAAAAGACUAAUCAACUGAGUGUCCCACUUUUAAUCAUUGCUGAGGACAUCUCAAGGCAAGUUCUGGAGACACUAGUGGUGAACAAAAUGCAAGGCUUACUUAAUGUUGCUGUUGUGAAAUGUCCAGGUUUUGGAGAUGGAAAGAAAGCUCUUUUGCAGGAUAUUGCCCUUAUGACAGGUGCGGACUUUCUUUCUGGAGAUUUGGGUCUGACUCUCUUAGGUGCAACCUCAGAUCAGCUUGGAAUUGCAAGUAAAGUAACUAUAACAAGUAAUUCAACGACAAUAGUUGCUGAUCCUUCUAUGAAAGCUGAAAUCCAGGCAAGAAUUUUGCAGAUAAAGAAGGAUUUAGGUGAAACAGAUAAUGCAUAUCUUUCAAGAAAACUUUCUGAGCGAAUAGCUAAACUCUCGGGAGGUGUUGCGGUAAUUAAGGUUGGAGCACACACAGAAAUAGAACUUGAGGAUCGGAAACUCAGAAUCGAGGAUGCCAAGAAUGCCACUUUUGCAGCCAUGGAUGAAGGGAUAGUGCCUGGUGGUGGUGCCACUUAUAUACAUCUCAUAGAUCAGAUUCCUGACAUAAAGGAGUCAAUGGAAGACUUACACGAACAGAUUGGUGCUGAUAUUGUAGCAAAGGCACUUAUUUCACCUGCUAUGUCAAUUGCAAAUAAUGCUGGGGUUGAUGGAACUAUUGUAGUAGAGAAGACUCGAAAUUGUGACUGGCGAAGUGGGUACAAUGCAAUGACAGGAAGAUAUGAAGAUCUUCUCAAUGUAGGAGUGAUAGAUCCUUGCCGGGUUUCAAGGUGUGCACUUCAAAAUGCAGUCUCAAUUGCAGGAGUUCUUCUAACAAGUCAAGCUGUAUUAGUAGAAAAAAUAAAGAAACCAAAGCCACCUGUCCCUCAUGUUCCUGGAAUAACACCAUGAAGAAACAAAAGAAACAAAACUAGAGAAUCUUGGCAGCUUAGUUGAUAGCCAAUAGUGAAGAUACAGCCUAGAGUGGUCUAAGCUGUUUGUUUAGAAUAUUUGAGCGCUGCACUGAGUUUAAGCUUGGUUCUUCAAUCGAUGAAGCUGAAGAAGCAUUUGAACCUGCCAGCUAAGGGGAAAACUUGACUAAAUUUAUAGGGCAUGCGAUCCAUGGCGUUCUUCUUGUAAAUGCAAUUAGUUAUAGGCAUUUCAACUGUUCAAGCUCGCUCUUUUCUGAACCGGAUGAUUGAAAUUUUUUGGUGUUUUGAACCGUAUGCAACAUGCUUCCCAUCAUAGUAUGGUUUUUGUGGAUUAUGUGAGCAUCAAAUAUUAAUGACAUCAUUUUCAAUAUAAUAUCUAAAAGAAGCACAUGAGAAA